AAUAAUAUUCUGAAAUCAUACGAUAUUAUAUCAGUUCAACCUACAUCUGAAAAGCUGUUUCAAUCAGCCUGUCAAAAUCUUGAUGUUGAUAUCAUCUCGCUAGAUAUGGGCACUCGUCUUCCAUUUUUCCUCCGCCAUCCAACAGUAAAUUCUGCCAUUCAGCGUGGCAUCAUGUUUGAAAUCUGCUAUUCUCAGGGAAUCCGCGAUCAAACUGCUAGAGCUAAUUUAAUUGCAAAUGCCGCCGCACUUGUACGGAUUACCAAAGGAAAACAUGUGAUAUUAUCAUCAGAAGCUAGACAUGCAUUUGAACUGCGUGCCCCUGCUGAUGUCAUCAAUUUAGCGUCAUUAUUUAGUCUAAAUCCAGUUAAUGCCAAGACCGCAUUGACUGUCAAUGUGCGCUCAGUGCUUGUUCAUGCAGCUACACGAAAGGAUACGUUCCGUGGCGUCAUGUCA